AUGGUUUCAAAUUUUAUGCCCCGAUCUUCACGCUGCCCGCCGGCCCCAUACCGGUGCCAUUCUUUGGCAAUACUUUAUGUAAUAUUCCGGUGCGAACAGCACUGGGAUGUAGUGAUCAAAAACAUGGCCCACAAAUACGGCCCACUGUUCACCUUCUGGUUGGGACCGAAACCAUUCAUUUUUAUUACUGACAUCGAAAGGGGUCGUCGGGUGUACGGCAUGAAUGAGUUCGCCGGUCGGCCCGACUCCUACUUCGGCAGUCAGUUGUCAAACGACCGCUUUUCGGACGUUGUGUUCACCGAUUACGGCCCCAAAUGGGAGGCACUGAGACGGGUGGCCCACUCGGCCGUACAAAAGUUUGCCACAAAUGAUAGACUAAUAUAUUUGACGAGCGAUUGUGUGGACAGAACUGUUAAACUGAUGAUAGAGAAGGAGGGCAUUGGCAGUCCAUUCUCGCCACUCGACUAUAUUUACCAUCUGUUUCUCAAUCUGUUGGCCACCAGUGCUUUCGGCCGCAGUUAUGAAAUGGAGGACAAGGAAUACAAACAAAUCCGAUAUGUGUUGCGAGACUUCGGCCGCGAAGCCGGCAAUCGGUUUAUGUUAUGGGAGUUCUCGUCACUCAUCCGUCUUUGGGACCGAAAGUUAGUCCGAAAACAGCGGCAAAUCAUUGAGGAUGUGAUGGCUUUGAUUGCCGACAAAUACCGGACACACAGUAGAGACCACUCGGACGCCAUUGAGCGGGACUUUUGCGAUGCACUCAUCAGUGCUAAGAAUGACGCCCUCAGAGACGGCAAAGAGUCGGCCCCUUAUCUCACAGACCAGAACCUGGCGAUGAUUAUCUACGACCUGUUCUUCGCCGGCAAUGACACCACU